AGUGGCUCUUCGUGAUGUCCCAGAGUGCUGUUUGAUUGGACGGCCUCUCCAGUCGUUACCAGGGGCGUGGAACCAUGCGAGUUGAAUGGGGAACACAUUUGUGUUUCUCGCCGUUGUACUAACCUAGCUAACUUAAUGGGGAGCGACGUUGACAAGGGAAAACGGUUGUCCGCGUUAAAUUGAUGAGGAAAGGCAGGAAAAAUAACAUUCCUCGUGUCUUAAAAACCGGUCCAUUGGUCUUUAAAUAACGUACAAUCCCCGCAUACAGUAAAUCGCAGAGAGACUCGGCAUCGUUACGUUAUCUGCCACCGAAGCAAGGGAUGAGAAGACUUGAAAGGAGACAAAUAAAACAUAUUCGUCGUUUUUUUGCUCGUUAAUAUGAGGUAUGUGGUCACUUAGUAAAGACUGAGUUGAACCUGUAUUCGUUUUACGUCUUUUGGGUAGCUUUUGUACGUGAAAAUGGGGGCACUAUGCAGAUAGGGCGUUUUAAAGUCCACCUUUUGGCACAGACAAUCGGCUAACGUUAGCGAUGUUUUUCUAACACUGGACCUGGCGGUUCUGUCUGUGUCGUGUAUCAUUAGCGUGGGUUUAGCCGAGGUUUUUUGGUCGGUUUUCUUCGCUUUUUGAACAUAGCUCCUGACAUCGAAUAAAAUCUCGUCUGUCACUGUUUGUUAAGGGCCUUGGCUGGUAAACUGCGUCACCGAGUGGGAGCUGCAGGUAUUCAUCUACACUGUAAAUCUACAUAUUGGAAGUCUAGCCAUGGCACGAAUGACCUGGAAACCAAAGUGACUGCACCUUUAAAUCAUCAUGGAGCCGGAGGCUAAUUCAAACUCCACGGCCCACCAAGAACUGAAACACCCAUCUGUACCCAACUCAAAGAGUGAAAUGACUACGAAUAUGUACAAGGCCAUGGAGGAUGGAAAUGUCAAUCUUGUGGACUCAAUAGUGAGAGAAGGGAGUGAGCCCAGUCCACAUCCUUCCUCCAGUUAUCAGAGGAAUGUGCAUCAGAGAUUCAUCAGGAGAAGUCUGUGGUUCUCGGAACCAGAUGAGCAGGCCUUUGAAGCACCUGAAUGCAAUAACAGGAAUAAGAUCCUAAACAUAAACUUGCGGACAAUAGUGGACAGAACGCGAGGGACUAGCUGUGGGUUACAGGAAGGUUCCAGCACUGAAAGUCAAGGUGGGCAAAAAGACAGUGCAACAGAGAGUGCCAGUGCUGAUGAAGAGAAGGAUAAAGGUGGAGAUGCAUUAAAUCUCACAUGCAAUGAUAGUGGUAAAGCUUCUAUCAAGGCAUCCAGUGAGGAAAAUGAGGAGGAGGCGGAGAUGAAAGCUGUUUCCACGUCUCCAGGAGGAAGAUUUCUCAAAUUUGACAUAGAGCUGGGGAGAGGGUCCUUUAAGACGGUCUACAAGGGCCUGGAUACUGAGACAUGGGUGGAAGUUGCCUGGUGUGAGCUGCAGGAUCGCAAGCUGUCAAAAGUGGAACGGCAGCGCUUUAAGGAGGAGGCAGAGAUGUUGAAGGGUCUUCAACAUCCAAACAUUGUUCGUUUCUAUGACUUUUGGGAGUCACCCCUUAAAGGGAAGAAGUGCAUUGUUUUAGUAACAGAGCUCAUGACGUCAGGAACGCUAAAAACCUAUCUAAAGCGUUUCAAAGUAAUGAAGCCAAAGGUCCUGAGGAGCUGGUGCAGGCAGAUCCUAAAAGGUCUUCACUUUCUCCACACCAGGACCCCUCCAAUCAUCCAUAGGGACCUCAAAUGUGACAACAUCUUUAUUACUGGGCCUACAGGCUCAGUCAAAAUAGGGGAUUUAGGACUGGCAACACUAAAGGCGGCUUCCUUUGCUAAAAGCGUCAUAGGCACCCCAGAAUUCAUGGCUCCAGAGAUGUACGAGGAACACUAUGACGAGGCUGUGGAUGUCUACGCCUUUGGAAUGUGUAUGUUGGAAAUGGCCACCUCGGAAUACCCUUACUCUGAGUGUCAGAAUGCUGCUCAGAUAUACCGCAAAGUCACUAGUGGAGUGAAACCAGCCAGCUACAACAAGGUCAUGGAUCCUGAAAUCAAGGAGAUUAUUGGGGAGUGUAUCUGCCAAAAGAAAGAGGAGCGGUACACCAUCAAGGACCUGUUGAACCAUGCCUUCUUUGCUGAGGACACAGGUGUAAGGGUGGAGCUAGCUGAGGAGGAUGAUGGGAAAAAGGACUCAAUAGCCCUUAAACUAUGGGUGGAGGACCACAAGAAAUUAAAAGGGAAGUACAAGGAGAGUGGAGCCAUCGAGUUUGCGUUUGACCUGGAAAAGGAGGUCCCUGAGGUUGUGGCACAAGAGAUGGUGGAGUCUGGCUUCUUCCAUGAGAGUGAUGCUAAGACUGUGGGAAAGUCAAUCAGGGACCGUGUGGCACUGAUCAAAUGGAGAAGAGAGAGAACAGUGUCUGCUGCAGUUCCAGUGGAACAAGGUGAAGGGAGGCACACAGCCCAGAUGACAACAUCUCAGGCCAUCCCUGCUGGAGCUGCACAUAUAGGACAGCCUGUGCUGGAACCAGAAGAGCCAGAGGCGGACCAGCACAACAGGCUGUGUAAACUACCAACCAGUGCCACCUCAGUGACAUACGGCACACUUGAUAGUGGCAUGGGCUCCACUGUGUACUCAGAAUCCCACAGCAGCCAGCAGAGUGUCCUCUACCAGUCCCUGCUGGAGCCUAUUACUAUGGCAACACAGGAGUGCCACAGCAGUAGCCCUUUUCUGACAGCUCAACCUCACUCCUGUGAAAAGGGUGAAGUAUGGGGGGCAACACUGAGCCCAGAUCUCAGGACUCGAUUGGGAGCUGCAACCCGGAGAGGAAGUGCCCCUGUUAUUGACACUCACAGGGCAGACCACAUUGCUCAACUUCAUGCCCUCAUUCAGUCACGGAGAUCAAUCAGUCCCACCCCAACAGUGCCAGAGAAACGGUUAGAGCUCGGCCCCCCUGAGAUUCACUCAGAGGCUAAAAAUCGGUUCUCCUCUCAGGGUGCUCUACCAGUACUGCAGGCCUUCCCUGUCUCUUCACCCUCUGAGUACCGCCGCUGUAGUGACACCAGCAUCAGACUGUUAUCAGAGUCCACCAGUGAGAACUUAACACUUCCUGUGCCAAGUGUUCGCAGACAUUCUGACCUUAGUAGUCUGACUUCUUGUCAUAACCACCAUUUUGCAAUGCACAAAGGCCACAUGUGCCAGGCCUGCCUCUCUUUGCUUCUUCUAAGGUCACGAGAAGGAAGCCACCGCCGUCCUUCGGUUGCCAUGCCAACUUACCACUGUCCAUGUGACUUUAGACAAAAUCUGUCCUCUGGUGGAGCAAUGACCAUUCCUCCUUAUGGAUGGCUGAAAGGUUUGAGUGAUUGUUCCAAUUUCUCACUGCUGCAGCUGUCCCUGUUUAACAUAAUCAGCCGCAAAGCAGCCCCUUGUCAUACCAUACCCUCCCAAGCCUCCCUGCUGCACUCCUCGGUUGCCCACAGGCCUGUCCGCAGUGAUGGAGACGGCAGUCUGAAGAGUAAUCUUCUGAAUGCCAGUAUGGUUGGUGACCAAGAACCCCUUCAGGACUGCAAGGAUAGAUUCUGUGCCAGAGAGCAGCAAGUUACCAGGGCUGUGGGAGUGGCUAGUUCUGCAGGUCACCAGAAUCAAACAUCUGUACAGGGCCUGCCUUCUUCCAGCACAGCAGUGCACAUACCACUGCAGUGCCUCCAGCCUGGACACAAUUACCCUGCUGCGCCAUAUGCUGGCCAACACAGUGCUGCAACACCAGCUCCAGCUAGUCUAUGUUCAGUCAAUGUCCAGCAUUCAGUCGGUGCUGCUGGCUACACACCUCCAAGUGUGCAACAGACCCAAGUUGCAGCAAAUCUUUUAGCAUCAGCUGUGCCACAACAUGUUGCACAGAGCUACCAAGCACCAUGCCACCUACAGCAGCAGGUAACAGCAGCAAGCACUUUGACUUUUCCUUUGAAAGCCCAACAGACUUGUCAGAACUGUUUGUCUCAACAACAGGCUCACUCUGCAUCAGGAUAUCCUACUCCAGUUCAGCAACAGACUGCUGCAGCAGCUGCUGUGCCAGCACAGCAGCCAGCACAAAGCUACCCUGUUGCAUCUUUAGCCCCAACUAUGGCAGCCAUUUCCCAGUGUCAUGAUAGUAACCAAGCUCCCUGCGCACUGCAAAACGUCAAACUGCCAAGUCAGCAGCCUAUUCAGAGCUCCUCGACACCAGCACUUUACAGCCAACAGAUACCCAUUCAGCAAGAGCACCAACUAAAUACUCAGUCCAAUAUACAACUAACACAACAUGCUGAGCAAGCUCAUAUUCAGCCUCAACUCCAGCAUAGCCAAGAAACUCUGCAUACCAUACACCAACAAAUGGCACAACAGCCUAUCCAGCUUUCUCAAAGUAUUCAGUCUUCUGGUCAGCAGCAAGUACAUACCCUAACUCUACAGAAGCACAGUCAGAAAGCCAUUCAACCUCCAGUUCCACAACAGAGCCAGGAUGUAUCCCAGCCUACAGUCCAACAGGUUCAUAUCCCAACUUCUCAACUUCCUCCGACAGCACACCCACUUGUGCAGGUUGCAGCCACACACCAGAGUUACCCUGCUGCUGGUCUACCUGAUGCUGCCUCUCAAAACUAUGCACAUCCUGCCCUCAAUGGGCUGCAGCAACAAACAGCAUCAGCUCAGAACCACUACAUGUCUGGCGAGUCUACUGCUGCUCCCCAGACUUACAGAGGACAACAGAAUAUACUUGCUGGUCAUAGCAUAUCACAGCAUGUACAAGAUGGACAAAGCCAUGGGCAGAAUCUUAGCCAGUCAGCUUCAAGUGCACCAGCCCAGGCACUGCCUCCUGAACAGUCAAUGGCUCAGGCUACUGUCCAGCAACAACUCCAACCUCAGCAGAUUUCAAACUCUCUUGCACCAACACAUCCAUCCCAGUUUCCUUCACAGUAUCCCACAAUCCAGCAGAUUCAGCAGGCCCAGAUCAGCAAUCCUGAGCUUGUCCCCUCUGCUCAGCCAGUCCAGCCUGCUCAGCUCACCCAACCUGCACACUUCUCUUCACCUUUGCUGAAUGGGUCAGAUCCAUGCACAGUCACUACUGCAGCCCAGCUGGACAACAAGAAUCCAUGCCAGCUGGCCCUGCAGGCCCAGAGUCAGGUUCAGAGCCAGACUCCUGUGCUUCACCCCUCUGACUUUCAGAGAGUGUCAUCUGGGUCUGCAAGUUCCAGUCUGACUCAGCAGAAACAGCUCAAUAGUCUCACGGGAGCUGCAGGUCAGGGUCCGUCAGAGACCAACACUGAGGAUCAAGCUGCAGAGAGACACACUGAAGGACAUAGCUAUGACAGUUUCAACUCUGAUGCCACAUCAGGGAAGGAGAUGAGUGAUGGUUGCGAGGGGACAUAUGGAGCUAAAGGCGAAGGGAAAGUCCGCAAACACCAUCGCAGGUCCACACGCACUCGUUCUCGGCAAGAGAAGACUAGCAGGCCAAAGCUCAGCAUGCUCAAUGUGUGUAACACUGGCGAUAAGAUGGUAGAAUGUCAGUUGGAAACUCAUAACCACAAAAUGGUUACUUUCAAGUUUGAUCUGGAUGGAGAUGCACCGGAAGAGAUUGCUACAUACAUGGUGCAGAAUGAUUUCAUUCUGCCUUUAGAAAAAGAAGUGUUUAUUGAGCAACUGAAGGACAUUGUGGACAAGGCUGAGGACUUGCUGAGUGAAGAUGCAGAGAGUGAGAGGAACUCCGACCAAGGAGGCAGUCCCAAACAAUGUGAGGGAGCUAGUGCCCUUGGAACAGAGGGAUUGAAGGCUUUUGCACCCAGCACACCACAGCUGGUGUACCAGCAAAAUGUCCUCCACACAGGCAAACGCUGGUUUAUCAUCUGCCCUGUAGCUGAGACGCCUAUGUUAGAUAAAGAGAAGACUACGUCUCACACCUCUACAGCCCAGGAAUCUGAAAAGUCUGCCUCAUCAUCAGUCGGCCCGAACAGCAACACGACUGCAGUGACUCCCCCUGUCACAUCUUUAUCCUCCCAAAGCCCAUCCUCCUCCCCUUUGCUCUCUGCAGCUCAGACCUCAGUGCAACCUCAAGACCAAAACAUUGAAAAAACACGGAUCCAGCAGCCUCAGCCCUGUAUAAAUAAACAUCCCCUUGCUGAUGUUGGUGCCAGCCAUCACAAAGCUCUUCCUGUGGAAGAGCCUUGUAUCUCUGCGGUCUCUAUGGUAACGGAUAUUCCUUGCUGCGCUAUUGUGCCACCUGUCUCUCUGAAUGUGAAUGCUAUUGAAAAAGAAGCAGUUUGUGGUUUGACCUCUUCUCAAAAUAAUCAGCCCAACCAGAAGGCAAGUCCUACUGGAGAAUUACCCCCUCAGCUGGCCUCCCAUCAGUCUGUGGUCCUGCAGCAACCUUAUGCCACGCCCAUGCAGCCUGGGACAGUCACCUCCCAGCCCCAGAGUCCAGCACAUCAGAACUCCCAGUCCACAAGCCACCAGCAGCCAGUAAGUGGGGGGCCAGGAGAGUCGGACGGUGAGGGACCACGCAGAGUGGAGUUUGCAGACCGCACCAUCAAGACAUUGGAUGAGAAGCUUAGAAACCUAUUGUACCAGGAGCAUGCUCCCUCUCAGGCCUCUAGCACUGCAUCUGACCCCCAGGCCUCCAGUACAGAGGGAGUAAGCUCACCUCCAGUCUCUGAAGGCCAAACCACUGAGGGAUCACUUGCAAAGAAGAAGGGGGAGCAACUGCCUCAGAUUGCUGAGAGCACAGAUAGCUUGGGUGCACUAAAUGACUCUACAGUGGCAGCCACUAACAUGGUUUUGAGCAGAAGAGAUGUGACCUCCAGUUCAUAUAGCUCCAAUAGCCGUUUUCAAAUCAUCCCCACUCCACCAGAUGCCAUAUGUCGCUUAGAGAAAAGCAAGACGACUUGCAGUUCCCCAGCACCCUCUAGUGGUUCUGGAGGGUCUCACAGCCAGACCCGGGCCCCAGGCAGGAAAGAGGACUGUGUGGCCAUGGGCAGAUCUUUGACAGCUGCAGCCUAUUGUGAGAAUGCAGGAACAUCCAAACCCCACAGUAGUAACCGUUACUCUGCCCCACCAAACUUCUACCAAGCCUCCCCAACUUCCAGCCCUGAUGUCACCCCAGGCCAUAUUCCCCGUGCCCAGACUAUUGAUACGCCGAUUCAUCACAACUACCACCACUCCUCUCACCACUACUCUGACUCAGCAGAUGAAGAAAGCAACAGCAUAGCCCUUCCUCCAGCCCACCGCGUUCCCCCAGCUCAUGCCCUGUCUGAGCACAGUGGAAACGACCUCAUGAAGAGGGCAGUGGCCUUCUUGCGGCGCUCUAAUCGGAGCAAAAGUGAGCAGAGCUCUGAUUCACCCAGCCGAACGUCUGUGGCAAUGAAUGGUCACGCUCCCACGCCUUCUGCAGGACAUGCCCACUCAUCCUACAUCAGCAGUGACAAUGACUCUGAGUUUGAGGAUGCAGAUAUGAGGAAAGAACUGCAGAAGCUGAAAGAAAAACACAUGAAGGAGAUCUCUGAGCUGCAGGCAUUCCAGAGAAGUGAGAUUGAGCAUCUGUACACUGAGCUGGGCAAAACGCUGCCCCCCAAUGUCGGCCUACUUCAUGCUGUACCCCCAAGUGGUCGCAGGCGUAGGGCCAGCAAACACAAGCUGAAGGCUGGAAAACUGCUCAAUCCGAUGGUGCAGCAGCUCAAAAACAAUCUUAACACCUCCACAGAGAGGAAAGGUGAGAGUGCUGCCAGUUCAUCCAGCUCCCCGGCUAAAAGUUCAGUUUUGUCCGAUGGCUCCGGUGGCAGCUCUAGCUCCAGCAAUGAGUCCAGUGCCACCCCAGAGCAGGUCCACACCCAACAACCCUGUUCCUUAAAGGGCUCUUUCUCCUCAGACAACAUCUACGCUGGGCUACAUGGUGAUGGAACAGCCAACCAAGCUGCCCCUGGCCAAGGCUGGACGGUUUACCACCAAACGUCAGAGAGAGUCACCUAUAAAUCUAGUAGCAAACCACGCACUAGAUUCCUCAGUGGACCUGUGUCUCUGUCCAUCUGGUCCACUCUGAAACGACUAUGUCUAGGCAAAGAGCGCAGUAGUAGGUCUACUCUCAACACCACCACAGCUCAGACAGCCUCCAGUCAGACACAGGCGUUACUCACCACCGCUACACCGUCACCAUCUCCCCAGCCAAUCACACAGCUUGCUCAGGUCCAGACCAACAACAGCAACAACAAGAGAGGCACGUUCACCGAUGAUCUUCACAAACUGGUAGAUGACUGGACGAAGGAGACUGUUGCUGCAGCUAAUCAACCACGCCCCUCCCUCAACCAGAUAAAACAGCAGAGACGCCAGCAGGACCUGGAGGGCAGAGCACCACCCAUGGGAGCAGCUACACAUGAGAUGAAAUGCCAUGUUGGUCCACGUAAAUUCCAGCUGCCUCUUUCCUGCCCCCUGACAGCUGCUUUACGCCCUGGUAUGCCCACAACUCUAGCUCCCAACUCCUCAACUGUGCUUCCUCCUGGGUACCUUUUGCCAGCAGGCUCCUAUGGCGGGAUGGUUCCUGGUCCUCUUUACCCACAGCAGUGGCCUGGCAUGCCUAGACCUGGCAUGCCUAGUCCUGUCGGGUCUGUGGGUCCUGUAGGCCUGGUUGGUGCUGCAAGAAUGAUGCCCUAUGCCACAAUGGCAAACGCAGGGAUCCAAGCCUACCCUCUGGUCACGCCCGACUCACAGAAUGGCCCUUGUCCAAAACCCACUAGGACUACUUAAUCUGCAAACUAAUGUUUGAUAGUGUGUAUGGGCAUGAUUGUCCAACACGCUGUUCUGGUUCACCAGAGCCACACAUGUACAUCAUUUGAUCUUGUAGUGUGGAUAUCCUUGAUGUCUGUCUGUCUGUCUGUGUGUGCGCGUGUGCGUGUGCGUGUGUGUGUGUGUGUGUGACUAAACUCAGCCAUACAAGACAAUUUGUCUGCAGUCACACAAAACAUUUCACUUUAUUCUUUAUAACUGCAGUUUACACAUUGAUUUUUGCCUUUCUCUGUAUUACGUACACUACAUUGGAAUCCAAAUACCAGUGGUUUGAGAUACAGUAACAGGACAUGAUGAAGAGAUUUGAAGGAAUGUAGUGCCUUGUACAUUGAUUUAUAAUUUGUUCCUCUGUGAAACAAAGCAUGUCUGCAUCAGAGUUAUUUUUUAAAGGUAGUUGAAGUGCAGUCCCUUUUUUUCAUGGCAUUACUGACACUUGUUUUUGUAUACAUAUGUAUGCCCUUGUACAACUGCACUUUUAAAACAGUAUAUGCUCUUAUUUAAAAUAAUAAAAUCAUGUUUUAAUCCUUGUUUACUUUCCACCCCUGUGACAGAUGGAUUUCCAUAGUGGUGAGAUGUACCGUUGCCUUGCAGAAACAAAUGGUUAAUGUACGACUGAUGAGAGAAGAGAAAAAAAAAAAAUUACGCCAGCAGCCAAAUCCACUCUUUCGGGUCAAAUGGUUCAGUCGGACACAGCCUCUUUUUGAUAGGACAACUGAUGCAUUGGACAGCGAAAGAGUUGACAAUGUUGUAGCCUUGUGAUCAGAGGAGAGGUGGUGUCCAGAGCCAUAUAUACUGUACAUAGUUCUUUCUACAGAAUAUGCCUCUGGAAGUGUUCUAAUCAGAAUGUAGCAAUUAAUAUGUGAAGGCUUGAGGCUUAAAAGUGCAAUUUAACCCUUCCACAAAGCUUUGAUCGUGGCCUUGCCACAAGCCUUAUCUCCGAUGUGUGCAACAGGAGCAAGCAGAUGAGUUGAACAAAGUUACAAAUCACCAAGCAACAGACAAAAGUUACCUUGCAAAGUAUAAAC